UACAUUGUAACUCUUGCCAGAGACCGAGGCAGAGUUUAAGUUAAGAGGUAUCCAUAGGCAGCUAUAGAUUGAAACGUUAGGUAGUUACGUUACAGAUUCUGAAUCGGAGUGCAAUGCCUCGUGUACAGAAUUUCACAGCUUAUGGAGAAUUGAUACACUAUUGACGACUGGUAAAGCUGGUAAAAAAAAAGAUCCGCAGGUAGCAGGCUAAACUUUGACGAGAUGUGGCGAGGAAGCAUUGAGACAACAAUGGUCUCCAAGACACAAAGAUAUAGUUGGUGCUUGAUGUUUCUGUUCUUUUGCACGACAGGUAUCAGUAUUUUAGCUUUGUCAACACAGUUUCCAAGUAAAGCGUUUGUACACUAUCGUAGAUACGGUAUCUUUGGUCAAGAACUUCGGGCAUCAGCAAUGAAUAUUACAAGAACGUUUACAUUAUUCAAAGUUAAAAUACAGGAUGGAUUGAACAUGUUUCGGGAUCUAAGGAAUUUAUCGAAGUUACCUGAUACGGAAAUAACCAAUUUCACAACAACGCAAGGCGGUAUAACGAGACCUAUUCCUCAUUCCAGCUCGAGUUCAUUGCUUCAGUCUAUUUCGCCUCUCACCGUGCUUUCGAAAGCCAUGUCAACCGUACGUGUGACUGUGUUAGCAGAGCAAACUAAGGAUCAUCCAAACAACCCCAUUAGCAAUGAGUCUAAUACGGAUUUAGCUCAUACGAACCAAUCGUCUGUGCACAAGCCAGUUUAUUUAUGUGUGGAUUUCAAUGGACGUUUAGGUAACCAGAUGUUUGAAUUCGCCUCACUUUUGGGAAUAGCUCGUCAUCACGGCAUGACGCCGGCAAUCCCCAAAGACAGUCAACUGAGAAAUAUUUUUAAUGUAAAUGUCACCGAUAUAGACAAGGAGAUCUCCUCUGGAUUUACUCAUAUUGGUCAAAUGCGUGAUUGCGCUUUUGAUCCCAUAAGUGCUGAUUUCGGAUCAAACUUGACAAUGUCCGGCUAUUUCCAGUCAUGGCGAUAUUUCUCUAACGUUUUUCCAGAACUUCGGAAACAGUUUACAUUCAAAGAUGAUAUUGUCAAACGCGCGCGAUUAGCACUUGAAUCCUCUAUACAGUCACAGCAUCCUCAUUUCUCUCUGGAGAAUGCAACAUUUGUAGGUGUUCACGUCAGACGCGGGGAUUUUGUAGAGGCUCACAUGAUUCAAUUUGGCUAUGCUGUUGGAAGUGAAGGCUAUCUUUUCCAGGCCAUGGACCACUUUAGGAGCAAAUACAAGUCUGUGAUGUUUAUUGUGUGCUCUAACGACAUGGAAUGGACAAAGGAGACAUUACCUCAUCAGGUCUCCACGUUUAUCACCGGCCAGGAGGCUGAAGUGGACAUGGCGAUACUGUCGCUGUGUAACCACGUCAUUAUGACCGUUGGUUCUUACGGCUGGUGGUCCGCCUGGCUGGCCGGAGGGACAACUAUCUAUCAGAUACAACAGACGAUUCCGGGUACAGACCUGGACAAGAGGUUUAACCUGACCGAUUAUAUGCUGCCGGACUGGAUCGGCAUGAAUCAGAACAGUGCCGCUGGCGCCCAUUAGAUUAUUGCAUCAAUAUUGCCUUAUGACUCUAAUAUGCUUCCAUCGUAUAUCUUCAUUGAUCAUCCCUUAUGGAGAUGGCCUGAUGCAAAUGUCAGAAAGGUGUAAAGGUAUUUUUAGCGUAACCAUAGCAACUUGCGGAUGGCUCUGUCCGGUUUCCUUUUACCAUAAUCCUGGCAGUCGUCGUGUAAGUGAAAUAUUCUUCAGUACGGCGUGAAACAGAAGUUAAAGUAAUAAAUAAUAUAUGUUCUCUAUAUACAUGUAUAAUGUUAAAUUGUACUCCCGUUUAAGGGUAUGGCUUUUACAGUACCCAGGUGGCUACAGCUUCAUGCGGGCUAAAAUAUUGUAUAUCGAAAUAACAUUAAGUUCAUAACACGUUACCAUCGAAACCUGAGCACCUCCUAGAAGUCUUCACCAUCAUCAUUUUAGACUUUUGUCUGUGAUACGUCAUCACUGAUGACAUCAGAUAACAUUUGUUAUCAACUGUGUUCCGGAUUAUGAUGUAGCAUAUAUAAUAAUGUUCAUUUUUAAUCCAUUUUUAAUCCACACCAACACACAGGAUGUGUCUUAAAUGCCGCUAUUUUCUAUAACCAAAUACGUGACUUCUUACAUGUCAGGGCACAACAACAUGCGAAGAAACGUUAAGCCUGGGCUACAAAUUAAUUACAUACCAGUACCUAUGUAUCAAGCUAAUUUUUGUGUAAUUAAGGGUAAUUGCCUUGUAGUUAACAAAGUGAGCAACAACUCAAGAAAACCAACCUAGAUACCUUUGUGCCUUAUGUAGUGAGUAUUUGACUGGGCUUUAUUUUCUUGAAACACAACAAGAAUAACAUCAUAUACAUAUACAUUAUUUUAGGAUUUUAUUCUAACUGUUCGUGUUAAUUCUUAAAAAAUAACAACAAUCUACCAGCACCUAGGGCUAUACAGAAUUAGAGGGAAAUACAAAGAUGUCAGCUGUGAUUUAUUACUUAAGGUCGCUAGAAAAAUGUUGUUUGCAACCUAGCCAAACAAUAUCUGAUCACCAAGCUUGGACAGAAACUCGUUCAGCAUGUCAAUGUACUAUACGUGAAAUAUGGUGUUCUAACUAAGUCAUCAAGUAUUAAAAUUCUUACGUUGGAAAGGACAGGGGUCCACGGAAACUGUGUCCUUCAAAAGUUAUAUAAAGACCCCAAAAACAACUUGCGCUCAUGAGUCCACAAAAUAUCCUGUCUCUAUAUGUUAAAAAAAUAUUUCAAAAUAUUCCACAAAAAUUCUAAUUUAAUUUAAGGAUAUCUCUAACCCAUAAAAAUUUACAAUCUACAGGUAAAACCUUUGUCUACGUUAUGGACAAGGCAGAAAAUUAACCCCUAACCUCCCAUGCAAUUAUAUGAAAUAAUAUACUGUCUCUAGCAAAAUCGCCACAAUAUUGAUUGGCCAAUUGAUUUUUGCUUAGUUUCAUACUCGAUAUUUUUUUUCACCUAUACGAUGGCGGUCUGUUUUAUCCCUGGAGGAAAUCGGAGUGCUCGGUGUAAACGGUAGAUGUUUUGCAGGUUACUGACUAGCAUCCCGUCAUGUGACUUAUAGAGAACCCAUACCUCAUGUAUUCAUGGCGACUGACUUGCCGAAGUAAUAAAUACCAUCUUGCCAAUCAGUGUUGUGUCAAACAAUCCAUACGUAACCAAGCACUAACGUUUCCUUCGAGAUCGUAGAUGAAGUUAAUUGCUACUACCAUGGCAAGAUGUGUCUUUAACGUGCAUGGUAUAAUGCCUUUAUGAAACAGAACUCAACCAUGUCUCUGACUGCAUUCAGAUAUUUCCUCAUGUAAGCCAGAUAUCGUAACAAACGAUCAGUAAAUACCGCGCUAGAUGCAGUAUAAAUAUGUGAGAAAACAGGCGGUUAUGGCAUUUGAAGGUAGAUUACUAAGGAAGAAUAUUAACACGUAAAUCUAAUGAGCCAAUAGCAGGUCAAUGCACUUAGUUUGCAUUAACUACUUCAUAAAGGAGAGUAAAUUACAUAAACUCAACUUAAGUUUGAACAAAAAUAUAUAGAUAAUGCAUUGAUGUUUCUAUCUUUACAUUCAUUAUUAUAACGUAUGUUUGGUGUUACGUGGAAAAAUAGAGAAAAUUGACGAUGGUUAUACAGAUUUGUGGAUUCCUACACGUGAGGUAAAAGGUGAACCCAAAGCUUUUACGUAAAGUAUAAUAAUUCAGUGGUUAUCCAUGUGUAUAUUAAUAUUUCAAUGAACACUGCCGUUAAACCAGUCAAACCUAAGUGAGGGCUUGCCGGGCAUCCACCACCUACUAGCACAAACACAUUGCCAUAUAUGAUUUACACAGUCAAACACGUAAAGCCGUAAAUCAUAAGCUGAUAAAAGCCUCAUUUCCACACUUGUUUUACUGUAACUUAAUGCCCUCAGGAAUUUUGUGGGUAAAGUUUAAAUUCAGACGUUUCAAAUGUGUAACUGCAUGGGAAGUGUAUGAAACUUUUAUAGUUGAAUUAUAUCUUCCUGAGAUAUAAAGCCCCGUGUUAAAUCUUUCAUAAUUGGUGAAUAUUUACAUCUGUCAUGUGUUCGUCUAUAAAGAGCAUACACAUGUACAACGUUGACGUCUUUUAUUGUCUUCAAGCCUAUGUAUACGUGCGAAAACACCACAAAUCUUGGCUAUAUUUUCUUGAUACAACUAUGCAAAACAUCUAAAUAUAACCAUCCGACAUAAAACAGCAUGUUCACCAAAACUGUUUGCUUGUCUCACCAGCAAUGGAAAAUAGUCUGACGUAUGAUUAUAGAUUUUCGAACGACCUCUGGACACCCUAGCUGCUUGUACCACAACCAUUCACCAUACGUGUUUACAGAACUUUGUUUGCCCAGUUGUAUUUGAGAACAUCAGAUUAGCAACGACGCCGAAGCUUACAUGUUGGCGUUUUAUUUGUUUGAAAAUAUAGUCUGGUUUGUAUUUCUUUAUCGUUUAUUUGUACAUGGCCAGGUGAUUAUUGAUUAUUCGCUGGUUUCGAUUUGAGUAAACCACGCUCUAUUAAAAAGAGAACAUAAACUAAAUCUUCUUAAAUCUAGGUGAAAAUAAAUUCAUGUUUGGCUUGUUUGCUUUGCAUGGUUGAAGCUGUUUAAGCACUGUAUUAAAUUCCUGUUGGUCAGCGAGUCGGCCCAAGCAGUGUACUUUUCCGUUCUUUUCUGUAAUACGUCACUGUUUCUGUAUAGAUGUGCUCCUGAAGCAAAUGUUCACAAGGUACACAAUGUAACAUUUAAUAGCGAUGUCUUUUUACACAGCUUGCCAUGUAGCACACCUGAGCACGACUCGCAUGGUAUGUGUCAUUUCACACAUCGUUGUGAGUCAUCCUGAUAUCCUUUUAGUUAGUUUACGUGUAAUUCUUGUCAGUGACUUCCAUUUAACAUCCUUUUUUUAGCUAUCCUUUAUAGCUAAAAUACUGCAAGAUGCAUGUAUUAUGUCAUACGUACACAUUCCUUCGCUUUGUUAUUGUUAUUUUAUCUAAAAAAAUUAUCAUGGUCUUGUAUUAAUUUAACCCCGUCUGAAAAUAAACUUUUUAUC